AUGGCUACCUUCACAUACGAUAUCACCUCCCCUGGACCUGCUGGCAGUUCUCCCUCGCCUCAGCUGCACACAGUGCAAUUCCUGGAAGCGUACACUCCUGAUCCUCGGUCAGACGAAGAGCCCCAGCACCUCCUUCCAAUGCCCAUGCCCGUGCCCGUGCCCGUGCCCGUGCCCCUCUUCUCUGCGUCCGGUGACCUCUCUAAGGAUGCAGCAAGUGAGGCGUUUGCUGAUUUUUCUGCCCUGCCAUCCACCGUCUCUGGUCUCGAUGACAUAAACUGGGACGAAUGGAUCCUGUUCGACUCGUCCCCCGUCGAUGCUACCCCACCAUCACUCCAACUGUCGGAUAUUUCCGACGACCCCAUCGAGGAGGCUCACCCAAGCCUGAGCGACGUUGCCAAUGACCCACCCAGUUGA